AUCCAUCUCGAUAACCUUAUUUUUCAUCACAUCUCAUCACAGCGAGGAACGACCCCGACAUCGACAAAAAUGCCUUCCCAAAAGUCCUUCAGAACGAAGCGUAUCCUCGCCAAGGCCGGCCGCCAGAACAGGCCCAUUCCUCAGUGGUUCCGCCUAAAGACGGACACUAAGAUCCAAUACAACGCUAAACGCCGUCACUGGAGGCGCACAAAGCUCAACAUCUGAGCAGCCUUUUCUUUCAUUCUCGAUGUUUUUGGCGCUGUGGAGUUGAGUGGGAGAGGCGGGGACAACACAGAGAGACGCACCACACCAAUGCAACGCAGCAUGUAUCACCCCUUAAUGGCAUAUUAUGGCUAUACAACCACCUCCGCAUGCAACUAUGACCUUUCUUUCUUGAUCAAGCCAUUCCUGUCCCCUUGAGACCCCAUCGCCUAGAGUGCACUAUCGUACUCGUUGUUUCAACUUCGCAACACAGAACUCAGAUAUGAUGUCCACAUUUUUUACGCAUUUUGAUGUGAUUGUCACAUUCUGACGAGCGUGCUGCACAACUUUCGAUUAAAGACUGGACUUGUCACAAGCGUUUGAGUCUAAGUCCUUUGACUUGCUGUGUUG